AAGCAUUUCGGCGGGAAGUUAACUCACGACGUUGUCAGAGUCUGCACUGAAGUCAUUCUAGUUAUAGCCGACGUUCUUAUUAGACGUAUAUUUUUUACGUAAAUAGUAUAUUUUAUUCAUAUAUAAAAAAUGGAAUUCGUCGGUAAGAAAUACAAAAUGGUGUCAUCUGAAAAUUUUGAUGAGUUCAUGAAGACGCUUGGCGUGGGCCUCAUCACCCGUAAAGCGGCUAAUGCCGUGACACCCACGGUAGAGCUUCGUAAAGACGGCGACAACUUCGUGCUGGUCACAUCGUCCACCUUCAAGACAACGGAGGUGAAGUUCGUUCCCGGACAAGAGUUUGACGAGGAACGCGCUGAUGGUGCGAAGGUGAAGUCAGUCUGCACAUUCGAAGGCAACAAGCUGAAGCAGGUACAGAAGGGAAAUGACGGCUUAGAGGUCACCUACGUCAGGGAAUUUGGACCUGAGGAGAUGAAGGCUGUAAUGACAGCUAAAGACGUAACCUGCACCAGAGUCUACAAGGUGCAAUAAAGAACAUAAGACUGCGGGCAGGGCUCCUAUAUUAUAUUAUCCUACUUUAUCCUAGCACAAACUAUUUCGUUAAAUUAUGUUUAAAAUUAUUUUUAUUUAGUACCUAGGAUUAACUUUGGUUUUGUUCCUUAUCAAAAGGAUAGUAUAUUAUUUUUGUACGUUCCCUCUGUAUUUUGUAAUUUGCCAAAGUUAAUAGUAUCAAAAAUAAAAAGUGUAACAUCUUGUAAUACUGUUGUAUAACUUUUUCAGUGCAUAUUUAAAUAAAUCGUUUUUGUAUUAUAAA